AUGACUUGGUUUAAGAUAUGGAAUAUGCAUACGAAAUAUUCAACCCAAUCUCAGAGUGUUCAAGUGGGAGCUGAUAACAUAAUUGUCGCCAUGCUCAUUCUGUUGGCAAUCAUCGUGAACCACAGCGGAAGGACCUGUCAACUCAUCUCACCAUUUCUUUCCCCACUAACAAUAAAAUUGAGUUACACUUUAUGCAAGACCCCUGUCGUGGAAUUCAGGGAAUUUGGAAUCGAAGUGGAAUCACUCGUCAUAAAUCUCUACAUUCACAAAUCAGAGAAACUACAAAGACAGCAACGACGACACUAUAGAGAUGUGAAGUCUGAUGUUCUAAAUUAUGCCUCGACCAAUCAAUGA